CGCUUUCUGUAUACGACAACCGCGAAGCAAGCAAACGUCCUGGAAACUUUAGCUGAAGUUCGUUACGUCCAAAGAUAUUGGAAAUAACAUUUUAGGCUUGUUACCGUGAUACCCAAUUAAUUUCCUACAAUUUUCAACCUGUUAAGUAAAUAGUCUGCUGACCUAAACGCAGUUUUCAAAUACUACGUUUAUUCAGUGUUCUUGAUCAUUUGCAUUAAGUUUGUAAAAUAAUUAAUCCCAAGUUUAAUUUACACAACACAAAUUUCAUUUCGAUACUGUACGGUGAUUUACAUAUCCAUUAUACUGCCGCAUGGGAUAAGUGUUAUUGUUAAAUGUAUUUUGUGUGUGUUACUAAUACACAUCCAUACAAUCAAUAAACUCUGGGCAAUUUCUUCGAAAAUGGGUGAUUCAUUGUGGGAAGAUAAAGAAGUAAUGUUUGAUGUAUCACUGUUUAAAUUGAAAAUGAGACCUGGUGAAAAAGUUCUCGAUAGAAUGGAUUCUAUAGAAGAUACAAAAGGAAAUGGGGGUGAUGUGGGACGUUUAAUUGUAACAAAUUUAAGAAUAAUAUGGCAUUCGCUGGCUAUUCCAAGAAUUAAUUUAUCUAUUGGAUACAAUUGCAUUAUUACAACAGCUGUGCGUACUGUAAAUUCUAAAUUAUGUGGAACUACAGAAGCAUUACAUAUAUUAACAAAAGGUAACAAUUCAAGAUUUGAAUUCAUAUUUACAAAUCUUGUACUGGGAAAUGCAAGACAUCUGACUUCAAUAAUGGGUGUACAUAAGGCGUAUAACUCAACCCGAAUAUAUCGAGAGUUAAAAUUGCGAAGUGCCAUUGUGCAGAAUAAGAAAUUAAAAAUACUUCCUCUUGAACAGGUUGUUAACACCAUAAAUGGUGUUUGGAAUCUAUCUAGUGAUCAGGGAAACCUGGGUACAUUUAUUAUAACUAAUGUUCGACUUGUGUGGUUUGCGGAUAUGAAUGAGAACUUCAAUAUCUCUCUUCCUUACCUGCAAAUAACACACAUCAGAAUCAGACAAUCUAAAUUUGGUACUGCUUUGGUAGUGGAAAGUGCAGAAGGUAGUGGAGGAUAUGUACUUGGUUUUCGGGUUGAUCCAGCUGACAAAUUACAAGAUGUUUGUAAACAAUUAUCAUCGCUACAAAAAGUUUAUAGUCAAAAUCCGAUUUUUGGAGUGCAGUAUGUAUUAGAUCAGCAACGUGCAGUUCCAGAGGGAACUCAGGUUUUUACUGAUGAUGUUGAAGAAUUUGAUGAGUCCAGUGAUGUAAUGUCCAAUGCAUUUGUAGCAUAUUUUGCUGAUGGAAAUUUUACCCAGGACCAAGAACCUGAAUAUUGCAGUGAUAUUGGGCUAGCUAUAGAGAAACCUAAGGAAGGUUACACUCUUCAAAGUUUGUGGGAUAUAAUUCCUUUGUAAGACACCAAAUGUUCUUAAGACUUUUAAUAAUGCAUUUAUUAUCUACUACAACUGUUUACCCGAAAGAAUUUUCAGUGUUGUAUCCAUUAUAAAAUUCAAAUGGAAAACCCACUUCGAAAAAAAUUCCAGUUGAAGUAAGUGAAUUUUGGGCUCCUUUGGAUCACUUUUGAAAAUUUCGAAACUCACCUCUAACUACAAGAACAAAAAAUGAAAAAACCCUAAUUUUGCAAAACUUGAAAUCAUUUGCGCCAUAAUUUUGAGCUAAUUUUGGUCUCUUUCGUGAUAUAACGUUUUUUUUUGCAACCCCAUAACUCGCUGAAAUGAUGGUUUCAAAAAUGGGGGUGGUAAAGUUAAGCACACCCACCCACUCAAAAUUCAAAAAAAAAAAAAUUGUAAGGUCGAUGCAUGUAAAUUUUGAGCUCCUUUGGGACACUUUCCAAAAUUUUCAAAAUAUCUCCAAAGUUCGAGUACAUUCGAGUACAUAAUCACCCCAAUUUCUCAAAAUUAAAAAAAUCAUGUGCCAUAAUUUUGGUUCUUUAGUUACACCAAAAACAUGUUUUCUGCUACAUUACAACGCAUCGAAAUCAACUUUGCAAAAAUGACGAUGGAGAAGCUAGCACCCUACUUGCUGAAAACAAGGAAAUCUGAAGAGGGA